AGGUCUGAACAAUGGGCCUUUUUCCAGCCCAACUGAAAACCUCUGCAACCCUAAAAUCCUGUCGCCAUAUAAAAACCACCGUCGUCGCUUACUACAGUUUUCUUUCUCAGAUUUAGGGUUUCUCUCAGUUUCGGCUCGGUCCCAGAACCAAGAUCGCAGGGCUUCAAGAUGCCGUCGCACAAGUCAUUCAUGAUCAAGAAGAAGCUUGCCAAGAAAAUGAGGCAGAACAGGCCAAUCCCUCACUGGAUUCGUCUUCGCACUGACAACACCAUCAGGUACAACGCAAAGCGUAGACACUGGCGCAGAACCAAGCUUGGAUUCUAAGCUGUCUUACUUUUGCCUAUUUGUGAAAGCUCUGUUCUUUCCAAGACAUUGUUUUCCUUUGUUCGGUUCUUUAGCGUUUUGUUCUUUCAGUUUUGAUUUGUGGCAGUUACGUUGUUCACAGUUGUGUAAGACGAUCUUUAAUCUAUUAUGUUUCCAGAUUA